ACUGAGGUGAAGGUCAUACACAGUUUGUGUAUCGAAAAGAACAUGGCGUUCGGUGGAAGAAUUUUAGUAAAAUCGCUGAAUUUAGGCGAUUUACUAAGUGGAAAAGUGUCAACUAAUAUAUGUAAACGAAUGUUUAGGAGACAUAUUAAUCAUAAGUCAAGCAGAGGACAUGAUUUCGGAUUUUUAUUUGACAUCGACGGCGUCAUCAAGCGCGGAAAAAGGAUUCUUCCCUCGGCAAAGGACGCCUUUCGUCUGUUGACGGACAAAUCCGGAAAGUUCCGUCUGCCUGUGGUCUUUGUAACGAAUGCUGGGAACACCUUUAGGCAGUCUAAAGCUGACGAACUCUCGGAACUUUUAGGAAUCAAGGUUAGUACAGAACAGGUUGUGAUGUCACACAGUCCUCUCAAGAUGUUCAAGCAGUUCCACAACAUGCACACAUUGAUCUGCGGACAGGGGCCAAUCGAGGGGAUCGCCCGGGACCUCGGCUUCUCCAACAUCAUCACUGUAGACCAACUCAGGGAGCUAUUUCCAUACCUAGAUAUGGUCGAUCAUUCCCACAGGAAAGUAGAGCCCUGUCCAGUAAAAUUUGCAAACUUCAAACCAAUAGAGGCUGUGGUGUUAUUCGGUGAGCCGAACCAGUGGGACUCCAAGUUACAGCUGAUAGUGGAUGUACUGGUCAGCAAUGGGAUGCCCACCCAGCCCCCGCAGGAAGUUCCCUCCACCCACCUCCCAGUCCUGGCCUGUAACAUGGACCUUUUUUGGAUGUCGGAGGUCCCCUUACCUAGAUUUGGUCAUGGAAUGUUUUUGACUUUUUUGGAAACAGCAUAUCAACAAUAUACAGGGAGAGAGUUGAAGUAUUCAGCAUUACUUGGCAAACCCAGCAUGUAUACCUACCAUCAUGCUGACAACAUUUUGUGGCAACACGCGAAACAACUCGGCUUCAAACGACUGAAAUCUCUCUACUGUGUGGGGGAUAAUCCAAAUACAGACAUAUAUGGAGCCAAUGUUUAUGACCGUUACCUGAAAAAACGUGAGUCACAUAAGUUGCAGAAAAAGAAGAAACGAAAGAUGGCUGCUGCAGGAGGCGGAGGAAUUUCCGCAGACGUUGAAUUCGAGGAAGAUGAUGACGAUUUGGUUUCCGAGGAGGAUGGUCAGGCAAAUUACGCCUCAAGUUGUACCUCCAUCUUGGUUUGCACUGGAAUCUUUAGCAACAGCAGUAGUGCGUCACAUCGUAACCAUAGAGACUUUGUCAUUGACCCGGAGCUGGUCAAACCUGGACACACCACGGACAACGUGCUAGGAGCGGUCAGAUAUGCGCUAGAGAAGGAGAAGUUUUUAUGAUGCUGAUUAACGAUUUAAAUGUUGGCAUUUUUUAAUCUGAAGAGGAAAAGAAAGAACUCGGAUUGCUUGAGGAUUUUUUUAUUUCUUUUUACACUUUUCACCUUGUUUACAAUUGUUAUGAAGAUGAAUGAAAGGGUCUAUGAUAGACUAUCAUUGUCUAUAGUUUCCAAUCUCCACUAACUCCAUAUGCUACUUACUACUGUAAAAAGUAUGUGAUCCAAGAGCGGAUCUUUGUUUUUACAUGAAAAAUGGAUGUUUUCAGCCUUUUUCGUUGAAUUUUUUAGAUGUUGUGGUUUGACUUUUAGUUAAACUUUUGUACUCAUAUGAAUUUGAAAGCUACUGUCAGUGUAUUUAUUUAUUGUCAUUUUUUUUAAGGUUCUCUGUUUUGUUUCAUGGAUUAAAUUAGGACCUCCCUUGUGUCAUGGACCUUGAGAUGCAUCGGUGUUUAUAGUAUGAUAUUAUUAAUAUCAGUUUGUUAAUGAUUGAAUCAAUAUAUAUUUAGUAUUACUUGUAACUAAGUACUAACUUAAUGAUUAUGUUCAGUUUGAACAGAGACUGAAUUAUAUUGUUCAAAGUUUGAACAUAAAUUAAAUUGAACUUCCAUAGAAGUAUUGAAAUAAAGUGAUUUUAUGGUAGGAUUUUCUCAAUUGAAGUUUCCAUGAGAAAGAUGUAUAUGUAUUUUUGUGCAUCAAAUCUGGUAGAGGGCCAUUUUUCCCCAGAAAACUUUGUAUUUCUAUAGAUCUCAUUAGUGUUGCAACACAAAAUUUUGUUGAAGGAAGUAUUGAAAAAUUGUACAAGCAGAGUUUAAAAGGUGUAUGAAGCUAUGGGCACAAUACAUGUCUUCUAUACAAAGUGUAACAGUUGACUUGUACCAAUACUUGUCAAACUCAGAAAAUUUACUCCUGCUUGUAAAUUGACAAUUUUAUGUAUGAUUUCCUUCAUGAUGCCAGUGCCAGUUUAAUUUGUUUUAAUUUGUUUGCAUCGUCAUGUAUAAUUCAUGUAAUGUCUUGACAAUGAUAGAGCUUGAACAACAUUGUCAGAGAACAGACGUGUUUAAACGCUUUACUGACUCAGAAACAAAGAUGACUUAUACGUGUACUAGAGAUUAUAUAAUUAUACACAUAUACAUUGAUGUCUAUGUUAUAUCUUAUGGUUUUUUUUUCUUUACUAUAUAUCAAUAUAGUAUUUAGAUGUUGAACAUUUUCAAUUACUGUGACUUUUUGCAGUUUUUGUGAAGAUAUAAAAGCUACAAAGUCAGUACCAUGAAGAAAAUAUGGUUUAUAACAUUUUUUUUUCAUUAUGUGUUCUUGCAGUCAAAGAAAUAAUUGCACCUUCUAGUAAUUGCAUUGGGGUUUUUUUUCCCUCUCUCCUUCCAUUUUUAAAAUAUGCUUCAUCAACAGAACUUAUGCUAGAAACAAUUAAUGCAUGAGAGAUAUAGCUAAAGAAAAGAGACCAUGCAUGCUUGUACAAUUGUACAUUUAGUUUGUAAGACAGAGCCGCAGAAAACUAUUUAGUUUUAUGUUAAAUGUGGGCUAUGUUUUGUUGCCUGAAAUAGCAUAUCAUUUUUCCUACAAGAAAAGCACAAAUAUUUUAAAAUAAAGCAAAACCUUAGGUCAAAAAGUUGCAAAUGGCUUUUAAAAUAUUAAAAAUCUAUGCAUCUUUGUUCAGAACAACUGUUAAUAAUUGGAAGAGAAAAUAGAUACCUGUUUUUACUGUAUUGGUUGUCGGACACGUACGAUGUUGAUAACGUAAAAGUUAUCAUUGAAAAGUGAAAAAAUAGAGAGGGUAUUGAAGGAAAUGUUUGUACAUUUUUAAAAAGUUUGUUAACGUAAUACACAUGAGAAUGCCAAGAUCCGUUGAAAGAAAUGUGUUGCCGUACUUGUAAUUUUAAUAUAUAUGAAACUUUUGGUUGAUGCACGUACAUGUAUAAUUACAAGGCAUGUAAAAUAUACAUUCAUGAUAUUCAUUUGUUUGUUAAAGAUUUGUGACUACCGGUACCAUGGCAAAUAGCGUUCCUUAGUUUGGGAUUUUUUAAACGUAUUACUGAGAAUUUUUUCCUUUUUUUUUUUUUACUUUGAACUGUCAAUCUUUUGGCUGUUGAAUCGCUGUUGUGGAGAGAGACUCGCAUCAAGAUGUCACCUUGGUGUUAAAUUAUUAAAGAAUAAAAUGUUGAUUUUUAA